AAAAAGAGAAAUAGGGGCCAAUAUAAUAAAUAAAAAUAAACAAGUCUCUGGGGUAAAAGUGCAUGUCCAUUGAUGGAAAAGGAGGCGAGUGGCAACGAAUGUGGAGAAGGGGAAGAGCUGCAGCAGGCUGUUAGCCGAUGGGUCAAAUUAAAUGUGGGUGGUCAGGUGUACACAACCACAGUCGACACUUUGUUACGAGAACCGGACUCGAUGCUGGCUCGCAUGUUCCUUCAGGAUGGGAACGUAAUUAGACCGAGCGAAAGGGAUGAGCAGGGAGCUUAUUUGAUCGAUCGCAGUCCACAUUACUUUGAGCCUAUACUGAAUUAUUUGCGUCAUGGCCAGUUCGUGUGCGAUGCUCAGAUAAGCAUCAAAGGUGUGCUGGAGGAGGCUAGAUUUUUCGGCAUAUGUUCUCUGGUGGCUCACUUAGAGGAGCUGAUAAGUCAGCAGGAAGGACCACCCAAUGAUUAUCGACCUCUCACGCGAAUAGAUGUGAUCAAGGCCAUAAUACAGACUUCUGUGCUAACUGAAUUGCGUUUUCAAGGCGUUAACUUAUCUGGCGCUGAUCUGAGGAAGCUUGACUUUCGGAACAUAAACUUUAAAUACGCCAACAUGUCGCGCUGCAAUUUAUCUCACACGAAUCUUAAUUACUGCUGUCUAGAGCGAGCGGAUCUUCAGUAUGCCAACCUAGAGUGCGCCCAGUUGGUUUCCAUUCGAGCCCUGUGUGCUAACAUGGAAGGGGCUAAUCUGCGUGGCUGCAACUUUGAGGAUCCAACCGGAGUCCGCACAAACCUUGAGGGCGUUAAUUUAAAAGGUGCAUGCCUUGAAAGUAGUAACAUGGCGGGUGUUAAUUUACGUGUUGCCAAUUUAAAGAAUGCUAAUAUGAAAAACUGCAAUCUGCGCUCUGCAGUCCUUGCUGGGGCGGAUCUGGAGCGCUGCAAUCUAUCGGGCAGCGAUUUGCAGGAGGCAAACCUUAGAGGUGCAAACCUUAAGGAUGCGGAGCUUACCCUUAUGGUAACCCCGUUGCAUAUGUCGCAAGCCAUUCGUUGACCCCGUCCGGGCAAUUUUAUAUCAUUUUAGUGCAAUGGCAGAUUUCACUUAAUAGAUAUAAAAUGUGUAUUGUGUAAAUAAUUCAAAUUGUAUCAAUAUAAGUAGGAUUAACAGCAGCAUUAAACAGUAUUAAGUCAAAAAAAAGCAAAGCAAAAAAAAUAACAAAUUUGACAAGUCUACCAAAUCUGA